CGCUCAGCCGGGCUCGAGUUGACUCUGCGGCUGAAGGGAGUUCAGGUGAGUACAAGCAUCAGAGACACAUAGCAUGAGUACUACCAGCAGUGCGAGGCGUGCCGCAAGGAGGCAGUCGCAAGAUGGGUCUGCUGACAAGGUUGUUGUCAACUUGGAUGCAAGCUCGCCGGUGGCGGGGAGCCGUCCUGGGCUGACAGUCUGCCCUGGUGCGCGCACAUCACCUAUUGAUGUGGAAGCCCUCGACGAUGAAGUGCAGGCGGUAUCGCCUUCACAAGUGCCUCCCCCGAGGGUGAUUCGGAGAACAAGGCCACAUGUGACAAUAGUUGAUCUGGAGGUCGAUGCUACCCCUGAAGUGAACAAACGCCCAAGGAUUACACCUCUGAUGCAUCUCUUCCCAGAAAGGGGAGAAGGGUCCAGCCUGCAGUCGAGCAAUGCUGCAAAAAUUAGCGAAGAGCCUGCCAAAGCAGUGGUUCCAAAGGAACCGAGUUUUGAUUGCCCGGUGUGCUGGAACAAGUUGGUGGAGCCUUCCACGACAAACUGUGGCCAUAUUUUCUGCACCGAGUGCAUCAAGCAAGCUAUCCAGUAUCAGAAGAAAUGUCCUACUUGCCGCAAAGCCCUCAGGAAGAACAAUUUCCAUCGUAUUUACCUUCCGAACUCUCAUGCUUAAGGUCAACAGCGGAUCAGUCUGCUGAAGUGCACCCUCACCUAGAUGAAUUAUUGCUUAGAAAACUAGGGUGAACAGUUGGUUAAUUUGACUGGUGUAUGUAUUAGAUGGUUGAUCUAUGUAACUGGAAGUGGCCUUAAGCUGAGAUGAUAAUGGUGGUUGGCACUUUUAGUA